UGAAUAGUAGUGUUGGAAAUAGUAAUAGUGUUGUAUUAAUAUUGAUGUGUUAACUAUACGAAUGAUGUGUUGUUUAGUUAUAUUUGAGUGAAACGUAAGCUCAGGUGUUGUAGUGUUUAAUGUAUUGAAUGUAUAGUAAGUAAUGGCGAUAACCGGCAAACAGUCUUCGCGACCGCUUUCGGGCCAUAAGUCGAUGUCGAGUCAGGUAUUGGGUCGACAAUCAUUGCUUCGGGUGACAGUAUUGGCCUUGUCGUGGUUGGCCGGCUUCUGUUCCCGACUUUUUGCGGUCAUCCGAUUUGAAAGCAUUAUCCAUGAGUUCGACCCCUGGUUUAACUACCGGUCCACACAUUAUAUGGUAGAACAUGGAUACUAUAACUUUCUUAACUGGUUUGAUGAGAGAGCGUGGUAUCCAUUGGGACGUAUUGUUGGAGGAACGGUCUAUCCGGGUCUUAUGUUAACGUCGGGUGCCAUCCACUAUGGGCUGACAUUAUUGAAUAUUCCGGUCCAUAUCCGGGAUAUCUGUGUAUUUUUGGCCCCAAUUUUUAGUGGUUUGACAGCUAUCUCAACAUAUUUGUUGACAAAAGAGUUGUGGUCAGAGUCGGCCGGACUUUUUGCCGCUUGUUUUAUAGCAAUUGUUCCCGGUUAUAUCAGUCGGUCAGUUGCCGGCAGUUAUGACAACGAAGGUAUUGCCAUAUUUGCCCUAAUGUUCACAUACUAUCUUUGGGUGAAAUCAGUGAAGACAGGAUCAGUGUAUUGGUCAGCACUGACAGCACUGUCAUAUCUGUAUAUGGUGUCCGCUUGGGGCGGUUAUGUAUUCAUUAUAAACUUGAUCCCAUUGCAUGUAUUCUUUUUGUUAAUUAUGGGUCGAUUUUCUCAUCGCAUAUAUGUUGCUUACAACACAUUUUUUAUUUUGGGUCUAUUGUUUUCAAUGCAAAUACCAUUUGUUGGUUUCCAACCGGUCCGUACAUCGGAACACAUGGCUUCGGCUGGUGUUUUCCUUUUGCUCAAUGCCUACGCAUUUUUAAAGUAUGUCCAGAAUUUUAUGACCCGCUCUGAAAUGAAGACAUUUUUUGUGUCGGCUGUCAUCGGAGUGGCCGGACUUGUGUUUUUGGGUGUCGUUGCACUCACAUAUGCAGGUUAUAUUGCCCCCUGGAGUGGGCGUUUCUAUUCUCUAUGGGACACGGGUUACGCCAAAAUACAUAUUCCAAUUAUCGCAUCUGUCUCUGAACAUCAACCAACCACUUGGUUCUCAUUUUUCUUUGAUUUGCAUCUAUUGAUUCCUACUUUUCCCAUUGGUCUGUGGUAUUGUAUCAAAGAAGUUAAUGAUGAACGAGUUUUUAUUGCUCUCUAUGCCAUAACUGCUGCAUAUUUUGCCGGUGUUAUGGUUAGACUGAUGUUGACUCUCACACCAGUUGUAUGUGUUUUGAGUGCGAUUGCAUUUUCCGAGUCCUUCUCGUACUGUCUUCAGGACGAAAAACCUCCUCAGAAAUCACGAGCCAAUAAUGACGGUGCAGUUGACUCGAGUACUGAUAGUGAGGAAACCAAUCAAAACGGACCCGAAAAAAAUAGUCACAAACAUCUUUAUGAUAAAGCGGGAAAAAUUCGCAAAAUUAAGACCGACAACAAAGAAAAUCAAGGAAUCGGUGCAAAUAUGCGCACAUUUAUAUCAGUCCUAUUAGUUAUGAUGCUUAUGUUGUUUGUCGUUCAUUGCACUUGGGUUACUAGUAAUGCCUAUUCCAGUCCCAGCAUUGUGUUGGCCAGUUAUAGUGGUGAUGGAUCUAGAGUUAUUUUGGAUGAUUUCCGAGAAGCUUACUAUUGGUUGUCCCAAAACACUGCAGAUGAAGCUCGAGUGAUGUCGUGGUGGGAUUAUGGCUAUCAAAUUGCCGGAAUGGCUAAUCGGACAACUUUAGUGGAUAAUAAUACGUGGAAUAAUAGUCAUAUCGCACUUGUGGGCAAAGCAAUGUCAUCCAAUGAAAGCGCUGCUUACACUAUAAUGCAAGCACUUGAUGUUGAUUAUGUGUUAGUCAUCUUCGGUGGUGUUAUCGGCUAUUCUGGUGAUGACAUCAAUAAGUUUUUAUGGAUGGUUAGGAUUGCAGAGGGAGAACAUCCCAAAGAUAUUAGAGAAAGUGAUUACUUUACUGAUAGGGGAGAAUUUCGAGUUGAUUCUCAGGGGGCGCCCACUCUUCUCAAUUGCCUUAUGUAUAAACUCAGUUACUUUAGAUUUGGCGAACUUCAGCUUGACUAUAGAAGUCCGGCUGGAUUUGAUAGAACCCGUAAUAUGGAAAUCGGUAACAAAAACAUCCGAUUGGAGCACUUAGAAGAAGCGUAUACUACUGAGCACUGGUUGGUGCGUAUAUACAAAGUGAAAAAGCCAGCAAAUCGGGUCAAAAUCCCGUACGCUGACCGUAAAGUAAAACCCAAAAGGAUAGUGACGUCAAAAAAGACAAGUAAGAGAAGGAAGGGAACCAUCAAAAGUAGACCCGUAGUCAUCAAAGGCAAGCGUAUGAUAACCAGCUCGACAUAGGCGUCAUUAAGUGGAUUAGUAAUAAUUUAUUAUUGAGUGCCUCAUAAUUUUGCAAAUCAUUAUUUAGCAUUUUUACUAUUAUAAAUUGUUUCAUUAUCUCAUUCAAUGAUAUUUUUUAUUAUUACACUUUAUUUUGUUUGUUUUGACAUAAUCUUAAAUUUAUUGUUAUUUCGAUGAAAUUUUUAUUGAAAUGAACACAAUUUUCUUUAAUUUCAAUAACGUUUACUUUUAAGUUAAUGACAUGUUUUCAAUUUAUGAUUCAAACCUAACGGUGCAAUUCAAUUUUUUUUUUGUCAACGACUGAUUAAUUUUAAUUUAUUUGUUAAUUAAUAUUUGCCAUCAAUUGAUAUAAUUUGUUAACCAAUUUAUAUAACGAGAAAUAUAAUCAACAGAUAACUAGUCAUAAGUGAUGAACGAGUCUUUAAUUAUAUAUUUUCAUAACAAAUAAUAUUGUAAUGACAUUCCAUAGACAAACAUCAUAUGAAACGUCGAUAGCAAUCGAUAUAUGUAUGGUUUUCGGUAAAUUUGGUCAUAAAUUGGCCAACAAAUAGCAACAACAUUCACAUCUAUACUUUAUAUUUGUAUAACAGAAACGCUCUCAUUUCCAUCAAUAAAAUUG